GCCGCGGGGCGCCCCCGGGAUGCCCCGCGACGCGGCCGGACGCCGGCCACGGGCUGGGCCGGCGGCCUGCUGUGCUCGGCCUCCGCCCUGGGCGCCGGGGCCGUCGAGUGCUGGCCCUCGCAGGAGCUGCGCAGGAGGUGUUGCGGCGCGGCGGUGAUGCGCGGGCCCUCCGCGGUGCUGCGGCGCGGCUGCGGCGCGCCGGCGCUGGGCGCGGUGUGGGACGCGUGCUGCCUCGGGGCGAGCGCGGAGCCUGGAGGCGGGGUGCGGCAGCACUGGCGGCGGAGGGCGGAGCGCCUGGCCGCCGAAGCCCUGCGGGCCGCAGCUCCCGCACGCAACGCCAGCCGGCUGGAGGUGGACGGCGGCAGUGAAGGUUGGCUUCGCGCCCGGGCCGCGCUGCUCCAGAGCGCGCUCGCCGCGCGGCCCGCCAGCGGCGGCCUCGCGAGGGGCGCGGCCGCCCUCCACGCGAGCGUUGCGGACCAGCUGUGGAUGUCGGUGAGCCGCGGCACCGCCCUCGCAUGGGCGAGCGCGCAGCGGGGCGAGCUGGCGCCCAGCGCCGCGCGCGCCAGCCCGCCGGCUGCCGCGGCCGGCGGCGAGGUGCACGUCGCCAUGGUGGCCUCCGUGGGCAGCCCCAGCUUCGGGCAGAAGGCAAUCGCAGGGAUCCGGUCGGCACUCCGGUCUUCGCUCGCGAGCGACCAGUCUGCUUCCACCUAG